AUGGGCUUAACAAGAUACCGUCAUUGGGUGGCGUCUCAAGCACCUAACCAAAUUUCUGCCGCUGGAGAGGCGUCUCCUGCAGCAACAGCAGCCGGCCGCCGGGCGGUGGGGCUCAACCUCUCAGACUACUCCCUUUCCUUCCCCAUGACUGACUCACAUGCUCUCUUCUGCAACCUCUCCUAUUUGGACACUCUGCUCAUUUUCUCUAACCUCCGCCUCGACCGCAACCUCACAGGCCCAGUUCCGGCCCGCCUCGGCCCCAACCUCCGCCUCCUUCAUAUCGGCGACAACGACCUCACCGAGCCCAUCCCCCGGGAGCUCGCCGGCUGCUCCAGCCUCGUUGUCUUCACAACCUCCCUCAAUUGUCUCAAUGGCUCCAUCCCGGACGAGUUGGACGACCUAUCGAGCCUCCAGAUACUCAAUCUCGCCAACAAUAAGCUGUCAGGGGAAAUUCUGUCCCGACUAGGUCAGAUGAGUGAGCUUCAAUACCUAAAUCUCCUUGAUCCUGUUGAGGCGAUCCUUGACUCCCUUCACCGAAAUGAUGCAGAGGUUCUUCGCGCCGGUGAUGUCGGAAGAAAAUUUUCGACAUUCACUUUUUCUCUCAAAGAAAUCGACAGAUUUGUAGGGUUGAAUCAAGAUGAGGGCUGGGAAACUAACGAUUUUUAUUUAUUCUUUUUAUAUUGUUGUCAUGUCAUUUUGUAA